CAUUAGUGCUGUACCCGCCGGUCACGUGCAUCUCGGGCCAGAAGCAAGCAAGUAGCGCGGCGACCAGAUCGAUCUUUGUCAGCGCCGGUCCGCGAGAAAAGGCUUGGUCAGCAGCGCUCGGUGCAGCGCAACGUGUGCAGGAUAUAUGAAUCAUAAGAUUAUUUUAACUUCCGAAGGAUAAAAGAAAUGGCAUCUCUUGACAACCCAGACGAAAUCACUCCAAAGGACGAGUCGAGCGUCGCGUUUAUCGCCGUUGAAUCUGGAGUGAAGGAUGAGCAACAAAAGCCGCACAAUUUUUAUGAAAACUCUCUGCGGAUCGUCAAAUCUACAAGCGUAGAGCCGGUUCUGGUCCUCAGCAUGAUGACGGUCGCUAUUGUCCAGGUAAUCUCGCAAAGCUGGCUGCUGCGCCUGGCGUGCGAGGAAUUAACGGCUAGCGAGUGCAAUGCGACGCAUCCCGAAUCCUGCACCGUCAACUGCAACCUCCAAGAAACGCAGGUCGAACUGCAGAGGAAGGUGGCUGAAGUUCAGGCCUGGCGGUCUGCCAUUGAGUUCUCGCUGCCGCUCGUACUCGUGCCCUUCUUGGGCGCCUGGAGUGAUGCGGAAAAGAACAGACGCCUGCCUGUCAUUCUCUACGCGCUCGUUGGAAGAAUCGCGCAGCUACUUCUAGUGAUCUUACUUCUCCUUUUGCCUUCUGCCCCGUCACUGCUGGUGGCUGGCCUGUGUUUGGCCGUUCCUGUGGCCGUCACGGCCUCCAGCAUGACCGUCGACAUGGCCGCAUACAGCUACAUUUCUGAUACGACAGCCAAAAAGAUUAGGACCGUGCGGCUGGGCUUGGCGAACGCCUGCUGGUGUCUGGGCAGCGUCCUCGGUCUUCUCAUGUCAGGGCUGUUGCUCCGCCUGGGCGGAGAGCUGCUGGCUUUUACCACCGCGCUUGGAUUGCAGAUUCUUGCCUGCCUUGUCAGCGUGUGGCGAAUGAAAAAAUUGAGUGAAGAAAAUGAGAUGUCUUCCGAAGUUGAAGAGGAAGGCGACAUGCAAGAAAAAAAGCAGACCACUCAUUGCGGUCUAAUUCUGGAGCCGAUUUCAGUGGCAGUGGCGAAACGACCGGGCAAAGGCAGAAUUCUAAUUCUCCUCAUGCUGUUCAAUAUGUUCCUCGCCUUUGGAGCCAGUUGCGGGCGUCAAGCUAUUAUGUUUCUGUACACGCGGCUGCGGUUUCAAUGGGAUGAAGUAGAGUAUGGAUUUUACGGAACUUUCCUGAUGCUCAUGGAAGUGAUAGGAAGCGUGAUAGCAAUGUCCAUAUUCAGCCACAAACUCAAACUUUCGGACGCAGUGGUUGGCCUCAUGUCGUGCGUUAGCCAAGUUCUUUCGAGCACCUUUUACACUUUUGCCAAGUCAACUUUGGGUAUGUACAUCGCUCCCCUGGUCGAGAUUGCAAACGGACAAGUUGUCGUGAUACCCAGGGCAAUGGUGACAAAGUUGACCGGGUCCAACGAACAAGGAAAGGUGCACGCUUUGUUUGGCUGUGUGGAGGCAGUGGUGCCGCUGGUUUUCGAGCCGCUCUACAACAGUGUGUACGCAGCCACUUUGGACACAGUGCCGCAGCUGGUCUUCUGGCUCUCGGCCAUUUUCACUCUUCCCCCGACCUUUCUUUUCAUCUGGCUGCAAUGGGGCAGCGGAAAAAAUUGGAUUGCUAAAGGAGAACAGAGGUCAUCCACUGACAAUGAAGAGCAGAAAUCCUAGCCAUUUUAUCAUGUCUCACAACAUGUCAUUCAAAUGAUAAGCAAUUUUAACUUCUAAAUUGACACCAACAGGGUUUAUUCAAGUUACAAAGUUUUUUCAAGGAAGCAUUUUUAGUUGAUUAAGUAAAUUUAAAUACAGCGCAAGACGUCUGAUAAUUUUCCAACCAAAGAUUGUGAAUAAAAUAUCAAGAAACUUACACAAUGCCA